AUGGCGGCAGUUUCACCUCUGGCAAAGGUUGGUAGCUGGGUAGUGCGCGGUACCCUUCCCACCGAGAAGUCCGGCCCUAAGAUUUUCUUCAUACUGAUGUUUACAAACAGCGACAUCACUUUCUCCGGCACUUUCAACCCAAAUGGCAAUGCCUACUUGGCCGUAUAUGGCUGGACCACCAGUCCGAUGAUCGAAUACUCCAUUCUUGAAAACUAUGGCAGCUACAAUCCAGGCUCGGGCAUGACUCACAAGGGCACCGUCACCACUGGCAGAGCCACCUACCAUAUCUACACACAUCAGCAGGUCAGCCAGCCGUCCAUCGCCGGAAAGGCUACUUUCAAUCAGUACUGGUCGAUCCGCCGCAGCAAGUGGUCCAGUGGUACUGUCACCACUGCUAACCACUUCAACGCCUGGGCUAAAUUGGAUAUGAAGCUGGGUGCUCACGACUACCAGAUCGUCUCUAGGGAAGGCUACGAGAGCAGUGGUUCUUCUACCAUCAAGGUUUCUAGCGGGUCUUCCUCCGGUGGUUCUUCUUCAGGAGGCAGCAGCAACUCCGGCAAGGCCAGUGUCCCCCAAUAA